GUCCAACGCAUUCAAACAGCUCACAACAACAAGCCUCGGUCGUUUACGGCAGCGCCACCACUGGCACCGCCAAGUCGGGCUGGCCGCAAGCCCAAAAGCUGUGCGUGGAUUUCCUGAAGAGGUUGACAGCUUAAGCAAGGACUGUUGAGCUGGGCUCGUUGGGUUUGCUCCAAUACUCUUGACCUGACUACGAACCAACCCCGAGCCUCCGCGCGCGCCGAGUCGAGUUUGGGGUGCGCUCGCACGCUUGAAGGUGUGAGCUUGGUAGUGGUCAGCGCCCGCGUCCCAGCUUGCUGCCUGGCUUGAGAGCGUUUUCGAAAAAGCGUCAAGUUUCUCGUCAUCAUGGCCAGCUCCAGUGGCAACUAUGGGCCGCUGCCUGGCUCGCCUCGUCCGCGAUCCAGCGGCCUGGUGUCCCAUGGGCGCUGGAAGUUUGUGCGUCGGCUUGUCGACUUUCGUCAGAUGGAUUUUGAAAUGGCCCUUCACCAAAUGUUAUAUCUCAUCAUCUCUCCCUCACGAGUAUAUCGCAGUUUCAAGUACCAAAAGAACACCAAAAACCAGUGGGCGCGAGACGACCCUGCGUUUUUGGUCUUGCUGGCCUUUUUCUUGACCAUCUCCAGCGUUUGCUGCGCUCUGGUCUUUGGCCUCCACUUUGGCCAACUCUUGGAGCUGGUACUGUGGGUCAUUUUUGUGGAUUGUAUUGGUGUGGGCCUCAUCAUUUCAACAGGGCUGUGGUUCUUUUCCAACCGCUUCCUGGUUGCACCGGCCAUGUCCCAAUACGUGGAGCAGACCGUUGAGCUCGGCUACGCAUUUGACGUCCACUGUAAUGCCUUCUUUCCCGUGGUCCUCGUGCUACAUUGCAUACAGAUUGCCCUGAUUUCUGUUGUUUCACAGCCCUGGUUCAUCAGCGUGGUGCUAGCCGACACCUUGUGGCUGUUGGCAUUGGUCUACUACAUCUACAUUACCUUUUUGGGCUACAGCUCCUUGCCCUUUCUGCAUCGCACCGAGAUUUACCUCUAUCCCAUCGCUGGGGUCGUGGUUUUGUAUUGGGUCGCCAUCCUCACUCGCUGGAAUGUGAGCAUGUCCGUCUUUCGAUACUACGGCUUUCACCACAACUACCCACCUUUGCAAACCUAAGGUGAUCAAGUGGACUUCUCUUAGCGACCCUCACCUCAAACUUGUUGACCCAGGCUGCCGCAGCACCCCUCGUCUAAUUGUAUUCUUGCAUUUG